AUGCAGAAGCUACUACGACGGAGAACGGACGACGACGACGCUCAGGCGGUACGGAUGAUGCAGGCGCGCAAGUCUACCCAACAUGGGCCGCUGUCGCCGGGCGCUGGUCUACCUGCCAAACCCACUCACCCGAUGGGACAAUCACCGCAUUCUGCAAAUAGUCGCAAGAGGUUGAGCAAGGACAGACUCGCCAAACAGUCUGCUCAGGCCCUCAGCCAGUCCUUGCAAGCCUCGACAUCUCGUCAGGCUCAUCAUGCUCGUUCUCAGUCGAGCUCCGUAGCGACGAGCGAUCAGGGACCGUUCCUCACUUUUAACAAAGACGGCAGUAUCCGUAGUGGUGGCGCUCUGCCUGCGCUACCUUUCCAAUACGAGGCGCGGCAUAGGGAGUUCAGGGCGCGCAACGGCUCGCAGCAGGUCAAUGGUAGUAGCGAGACCCUCAGAUCCUCGCAGUCAGGUCAGCGUAGUCAGGCGCAGCAAGGCAGGCAUCAACGCAAUCUGUCCUCGCCUGCAUACGCGCAUGCGCGAUCAGACUCGUCCUCAAAGCGACGCGCAGAACCGCCGUUGCCUCGCUUUAAUGGCAUCCUACCCGAUGCUAACGAUUUUCGCACUUCGCUCAUAUUGCCGCAUAUGGACAAGCACUUUGAGCGUUUAGCGAGUCAAGACGGCGCACCAUCUAUAGAAUCUCUACAGAUGCAUCUAAGGCAGGAAGUGACCGCUGGCCGUAUGACGCCUAAUGACGAGUGCGCGAUACUGGAGCAGCAUAUGCUCAGGCGAAUUUCGCAGGCGCAACCCGGCCAGAGCUCUGUCUUGCGGCCUCCACCCUCGAGUCCGAGCAAGCCUCGCUUGGGGCAUUCUCGAUCCUCGUCUUUACAGAAUCUAGACGCGCAUGCCUCGCCAGCGGCUUCGCCCCGAAAUAGUCGGCAAAUUGCCGAGCAAGCGAGCCUCAAAAGCCAGGCGCGAGCGGUCGAAAGCAUACCGGAAAGCGUUCACGAGGCUGUCACCGAAGCUCCUACUAUGCCAUCUCCUCGGCAAAAGUCUCGCUCGCAAGAUGCGCCGCAAUUGCUCAAGCCUGCACAGGGUCGCGGGAGAAUACAAUCACCCAUUGGAUCUGACAAUCUGACAGACGAGUCUGGUACCCUAGACCCCGCGCGGGCAUCUAUGAGGCAGCAUCUUGCACCGCCAUUGAGCAGCAGUAGCCUGCCAAGCCCGAGCAGCGACGUUCGUACAUCACCUCUCGAUUUUGAUAAAUCAGCGCCGGAUGGAGCGAACCAGCUGACCUUCGACCAACGCGAUGAUUCUUUCCCCAAAGGCACGGUCUUCAAUACGCCCGAGCGCGUGCUCGACGCACAUGGGCCUUAUCAGGGAUCAGCAGGACUUUCGCCAUCCGACGGGAAGUCUUCGAGUCGCAAAGGCUCAGAAGCGAGCACAUCUUCGAGCUAUCACAAUUUGAAUGAUGCCUCUGAUGGCUCACCGUCUGCUAUACUUCAGCGUCGAUUGAGUGCAGAGGACGAUCUAGAAGACCUGCCUCACGAAUCAAUGGAAGAGCUGGCGGCUCAUCAAGAGCUCCUCCGGCUCACGUUAGGGCUGGACGCGUUUGAUCUCGAGCUAGUACAGCAAGAGCUGCUGCGGCGCACGAACUCCACCGCAUCUACGGUGAGCAGGAAGACGUCGGCAGACAAGCCGAACCGCUCCUCCGUCAAGUCAGCUCGCGAGCUUGGACUAGGCUUCCAUGUCUCCCACGAGCCUGCCGGAUUACGUCGCGUGACGGAGCGACCUGAAGACGAAUCGGAAGAGAUCUCCCAAUUCGCCGAGUCGUCUCGAGAUCUGCCGGAGACGCCACAGUUGUACAGCUCCGCUUCGACGGCUGCGUCCUCGCGAACGCCAUACCUGUAUGAUUCAUCAACGUCGUCGAACACAUCAUGGGAUCAUUCAGGCGGGCCAGACACGCCUGCAACGCCCUUCACAGCGUCUGCCUGGGGCUCAGGCGGCUUUGAUGCCUCCAAGGGUAUACUGACCGAAAUACAAAAUCGACAUCUUAAGCAAACGUCCGUCGAUGUCAUCAAUCUUGAUUUGAACAUGGAGUCGCCCUUUAAGCCACCAUAUGAGCACGCUCGCAAGAUGUCUGAGCCCGUCGGCGUAGGCGCACAGGACAAUCGUAAGAGGUUACAUCGAGCGACACCUUCAAUGAUGUAUGGUCAUGUCGCCGAUGAGGCUAACGCAGCGACUACUGCGCUCAAGGGCUUCUCCAGCUUUUCCAAUAGCGAACGCGGUGAUCGAGAAAAAACGGUGCGCAAAUCGAAAUCUAGCAAGUCCCUCAAAGGUCUACACAUAUCGCACCCCUCGCUUAUCGCAGCGUCGAGUGCCAUCGAAGCUGUGCCAAUCGGCGAGGCGCAGGCUGCACAUGCGCUGAGCAGGAGCCAGGCGCUUGAAGCAUCAUCCAGAGUGCUACAGCCUGCUGCAAUCCUGUCGGCAAGCGCGCCAGCUCCCCCGAGGCGGCUGGAGAAUGGAGUCGAGGAUGCGUCAUCGCCUAAGAAGCGCAAUGGCUCGGUGUCUGCUGCUCCGUCGAACCUACCAGCCAGUCCUAGCAAUAUUGCAUCACCGCGAGAUCGGCCUGCUCUCGUUCGACUCAUCAAUAAGUUUAGCGCACGACGCGAGCAAUUGGCAAGUCAAAGUCCAGAGACGCAGGUAAUGGAUGCACGGAAUACAGUCGUCCGACGGACGAUCAUUGUGCCGCAGCCCGACGGCAGAUCUUCGGAAUCAAGUCCGGAGCAACCAGCAAUCGCACAUAGAGGCUCCUCGCUUCAGCAGACUCCGUCUCAGCCUGCGGUCAAAAGCAAAGGAACCUUAAAGAAGACGCCUUCGCAAAGCAAGAAGCCAGUGCCAGCCUUAGCAGACCUCUCGCCAGAGAAGCACAUUGCUAUAGAAGAAGAGCCCUCGGAAGAUAGGCGAUUACUAUUGCAGGACCGACCAGCAACGCCGCCGCCCGCCCGCGGACAUCGACGCAAGACAUCUGGGGAGCAUUUAGGAGAGGCACCGCUGCCGAGCAAAGCUCUGCCACGACUAUCGCCGAUACCAGACAUGCCAAUACGCAUACCGCCAGCUUCACUCGAUCUCAGCAAAGCAGGCGGUCUCGAUGUGCCGCACACCGGCCUCAGUAUUCCGAAGUCUCCGAGCGCGCUGUCAGUGAUGAGCGGCGCGUCAUAUGCCGGAUCUAUAUACGACAUGUAUGCGGAUAUGGACUCGCCGCGCCUGGAAGCUACGCAGACAGAGGAGCCAGAUGAGAUCGUUGUCGCUCAGGGACGGAUUUUGCCGCCUGGCGGUCGCUCACCAGGCUAUACACAUGCAACGCUGCCGAUGGCCGCUCAACAAGCGCGUCUGUCUGCCCUCAACGCUCACGCUAAUUCGCGAAAGUCUCAUCGAAUCGAAGUUGACGAGAUGGCCGAUGGCAGCAUGGUCUGGCAGGUCGUGCAAGACUUGCGUAAUCAUUCUGGCCGUCAAUCAGGACAACUCGACUACCUCUCGCACUCGCGCGAAUCGAGUAUCGAUGCAGCAGACGAUCCUGUGCCGGCUUCGCCUUUCAGCCGGACAGACCGAGCAGACUUCAUGCGCAUGCAGCCCAAGCUUGCGUCCACCGGUACAGAGCCCCUCAAGGUCGUAGUGAGAAAGCAUCGCCGCAACAAGUCGAGUGCCGGCGGUGUGCUGCCUUAUAACAAGACCCACGCAACACAUAGAUCUGACGAAAGUGCGAUGAUUAUCGAAGCCGCAGAUGGCGUGGUCAGAGAUCUUUUGCAGGAUCUCACUUCCAGUAUUACAGAGGGUAGUAUAGAUUUCUACCAUGCUGGUACAGGCGCACCUGUUGCAACCUAUUGA